ACAGCACCCCAACCCCCACCCCACCUCUCGCCCGGUGAACUGCACAUUUACAACAAAGUCCAGCGCGCACUCGACCCCGCCAAGCUCGAAGUUCAGGACAUCUCUGGCGGCUGCGGCUCCAUGUACGCGCUCGAGAUUGAAUCCGCGCGCUUCGCCGGCCUGCCAGUGAUGAAGCAGCACAGGCUUGUGAAUGCGGUGUUGGCCGAGGAGAUCAAGUCGUGGCAUGGCGUGCAGUUGAGGACGAGGGCG